AAGGGUUACUAAAUGGCCAGAAAGGUUUAAAAACAUGUCACCGCUCAAAAUACAUGAUGUAAGCUUAUAAUUUCUUUUUAUUUUGCUUAUCUGGUACCUGAAAUCAUCUUUGGCAAGGCCACUCCAGUGCUACCACAAUGCGCUGCCUGGAAACUGUCUGGUUUGGGGUGCUUUCAGCCCCCCAGGUGGGUCUGAACAGGAAUUAUCAUCCAAAUUUUGGCUUCUGUAGCAAAUAGUUAACUCUUCUGGGUUAUUUAUUAACCCUUCUAUAAAUGGAGCCAGAAGAGCUAUGAAAAAAAUCCCGGUGAUCCCAGGGGAAUAUUUUCACAUCUCUUGUUUUGUUUUAAAGACGGAAACUUCUUACAACAGAGGCUGAGAUCCUUUUUCAUGGUCUACUUGCUCCUGGCCCUCUCCUUCUUGCUGAUCAUCAGCCUGUUUGCUGUGUCGUUCUCCAGAGUUUCAGACAUUUCUUCCAAACUCAACGAGAUGCACCUGGAACGGAAGCAGAACGUUUCUGGCAGGGAUUUUCCCUUGUUUCCCUGCGGACCCAGAUCCAGGGAAUGGGAAUACUUUGAUGGAAAAUGUUACUACUUCUCCCUAACCAGAGUGAGCUGGUACAAGGCGAAGGCUCAGUGUGAGGAGAUGCACUCGCAGCUGGCUGUCAUUAACAGCUAUGCCAAGCAGAAUUUUGUCAUGUUCAGGACAAGGAAUGAGCGUUUCUGGAUCGGGCUCACGGACGAGAAUUCGGAAGGGGAAUGGGAAUGGAUCGACGGGACUGACUAUAGAACCACGUUCACAUUUUGGAAGGAGGGAGAGCCCAACAACAGCGGCAGCAACGAAGAUUGUGCCCACGUCUGGAUCUCCGGGAAGUGGAACGACGUCUACUGCACCUACGAGUGCUACUACAUCUGCGAAAAGGCUCUGCCCAACUGAGCAAAGCCCCGCGCGGAGGCGACGUCCGAUGCUCUGGCACCCUAAAUGUUCCUUUUUUCUUCUUAAUUUAUACUAUCCAAACGCCCGCUCCCUGCUCUUCCUCCCCACCGCGCUGUCCUGAGGAAGAGCAGGGAUGGAUUUUUGACGGUCCUAAGCAAUAUACGCAGGAAUCCAGGUUCUCCGUGGUGAGCUCAGCUUAAUAAAGGACGAUUAUUGCUCUGGUUAA